AUGACCGGACGGAAACGCUGCGCGCGCUCGGCGCCGACCUCAAGCCACGCGGCGUCGCCAUGCUCGGCAUGUCCGGCAACGACGCCGCCGAAGUCGGCCUUGUAUCGCCUUUGCGACGCGGUUAGUUUCACCCGCGUGCCCUCAAGGACGUCGGGGAGUUUACGCAGCGUCGCACGCUUGUACUGUAUCGGGGUCCUCGGAUCUUCCGUGUUGGAGACGGCAUCCUGCGGUACAGUUCCAGGCAGUGCCAAACCGGACGGUGGUCGCGUCAGCACCAGGUCGAACGGGGUUGUCUCCGUCGACCGGUGGACCUGCGUGUAA